AUGUGUCGAGCAUCAUGGCCGUCUGCACUGAUGCAUGGAAACGGCGAAAUUGGACGGUUCGUCGCCUUCACAAGCGUGACAGUCUGGCUGGAACAAAAAGUCUCUUUCGACCAGCAACUUGAUUUGAAGGCAAUGCAGCAUUCGAAGAAGUGGGACAAGAAACUGAAAAUGCUGGUCCCUGAAAUCGCGGAUGCCCAAGGUGAUUGUGUUCUAUUGCGUGCUCCCAUCUCGCCCUGGGGUUGA